UCCUCUUCCAGAGCCCAGGAUGGCUUCCAAUCAAUCCUCCGCCGUCACCGAGCUCUGCCAGAACGGACGGCAGGUCUUCCUGGACGCCUCUCAGCUCCUCCUCACCUAUGCCGACAAUAUACUGAGGAGUCCAAAUGAGGAAAAAUACAGAUCCAUAAGAAUUGGGAAUACAGCAUUUGCUACCAGACUUUUGCCAGUCCCAGGAGCUGUUGAAUGUUUAUUUGAAAUGGGAUUUGAAGAGGGGGAGACACAUCUUGUGUUUCCCAAAAAGGCAUCGGUUGAGAAAAUGCGGAAAGUCAGAGACUGUAUAGAAUCAGAGAGGAACAAGCGGAUGGCGGGGUCAGAGCCAACUUCCCCAGCUGCUUCAAGUAAACCACAACCAUCCAACCCCAACCCCCACCCCAACCUGGAAAGCAGACCCCAGCCUACAGCAGAAACUCCCUCCAACUACACGACUUCUGAGAUGCGAUUUUUGCAGACACUACAGUCAAAUGCACAUCAUGUGCUUGUUUAUGAGCGAUCUGAACUUCAACAAAAAGCUCGAGACCAGAUUCCUGUAUCAGAACUGCAAGCAAGAGCUCAGGAAAAACUGCUGCAAGCGAGAAGUCUCGAAUCUGAGUCCACUAUCAAUGAAGACGAUUUCCUCAUGUUAGAAUUAUUACGCUGGUUUAAAGAAGACUUCUUCCAUUGGGUAAACAGUCUGCCCUGUAGCCAAUGUAAUGGACAGACUGAGACUAAAGAGUCGCUCACCCCAUCAACAGAUGAUCUUCGAUGGGGGGCAACAAGGGUGGAAAAUCAUUACUGUAAUAAGUGUAAUCACAUCAACAGGUUUCCUAGAUACAAUAACCCAGAGAAGCUCUUGGAGACCAGGCGGGGUCGCUGCGGAGAGUGGGCUAACUGCUUUACAUUGUGCUGCAGAGCAAUGGGACUAGAAGCAAGAUAUGUAUGGGACAGUACAGAUCAUGUCUGGACUGAGGUGUUCUCUUCAUCUCAAAACAGAUGGCUUCAUUGUGACCCGUGUGAAAAUGCUUGUGACAAGCCUCUCUUGUAUGAGGUUGGAUGGGGAAAAAAGUUGUCUUACAUCAUUGCAUUCUCCAAAGAAGAGGUGGUUGAUGUCACUUGGAGAUAUUCGUGUAAACAUGAAGAAGUCAUCUUGCGGAGGAAGGAGAUUCGAGAAAGUUGGUUACGGGAAACGACUUCUGCUCUCAACAAGACGAGGCAGCAGUCCUUACCAGAACCCAGGAAGGAAGAGAUCCUCAGGAGACUAAUCGUGGAGAUUGUAGAGUUUAUGUCUCCGAAGACACCAAACCCUGGAGAGCUUGGUGGCAGAAUAUCGGGAUCUGUAGCCUGGAGGGUGGCACGAGGAGAAGUUGGUGUGCAGACCAAGAGCGUGGCAUUUGUUCCCACUGAAAAAGAAAAAGCUGCUAAACGUUUUCAUCUACAGUACAACAUUGUAGAUGAUCAGUACACACGAGUCUCAAAUGGCAACGAAGUGAUUGCUGGCUGGGAAAAUGGAGCCUGGGUAAACGAGUCCAUACACAGGAAAGUAGAAAAUGACUGGAAAAUGGUAUAUUUAGCUCGCAAAGAAGGUACUACAUUGGCCAAAAUUGGUUGGAAGGUUGAGUGUGCAUCAACUGGACUGAGAGUGAAGAGUAUAAGUGUCCGGACAAGCAGCCAGACCUACGAAAGUGGUUCAAUAAACUGGAAGCUGUAUUCUGCAGACACGCAAGUGGAUGUUAAUCCUGAUAAAAACCUCUGCUCCUACCCAGAUUUUUUAAAUGCUACAGAAGUUGUGUUGGAAGCUGAAUUAUCUGGCGGAGAAGGAAGUUGCGCAUGGCAACAUACACAGCUGUUUCGGGAGAGCCUGACUGACAAAGAAAAUAUGAUGGAAAUUAUUGUGACCUUUAAAGACACCUAGGAAUUUUUACUUAGCCAUUGUUUUUAAUUAUUAAGGGACUGGUUGGAAACAUUUUAAUUUUUGAAAUUUUAAGUAUGCAAGGUGUUUGAGGUUUUAUUGGUUCAAGAUAUGCAAAUUAUCUUCCUAAAGGUAUAUUCCCCAAGAAGCGCAUAUUAUAUUACAUUAACAUGUUCUGAAAUGUACUUUUUUAUCAUCCGAUUAUGUCUACGUCUGCCUUGUGGUAAAUGGUUACAAACUGUGGCUUCAUGCAUGAAACUGGAAGAAGGUCUGGGUUGCCUGUAGCAACCAGUUAUCUGUCAUUCCUCCAUUGCAGUUUAUACAAAAAAAAAUUCCGUGGACAUCUGAUUAGUUGUUAUGGGCAAAUGCCUCCGCUGUUGAUAUCCUUUUGAUGUAUAAAUGUAAUCCAUUGGGCCUUUUGUUUGAAAAGGGCCUGUGUUGUCUAUCACAACCAAUAAGAUUCAUUUUUGGUUUUGGCAGUAAAAAAUACGACCGCUUGAGUACCAGUGAGCUCUACAAGCCAAAUAGGCUUGUUCACUUAUUGCACAUUUGAAUGCUAUUGAAGUUUAAGGGCCAGUUCACACCAGACACAGUUCGUUCAGUUCCGUGUUCUUUAUUUCUGCACAAA